AUGGGAAGUUUUGUGGGGUACUCUACAUGGAUCACCUCUUGCGAUGAGGGCUUCUACAGGGUGGUGGAGUCCCGUGACCAGGGAGGAGAGUGUAUGGAGGAAGACGCGACACUUUUUCGCCUGUGGGGCACCUCACGGAAUCGAAAAGGGAAUGUCGCUCGAAGCGGCUUUACCACCGCGGAGAUUGAGACGAGGAAACUGAUGCUCCUCACCAUGCCGGUGUGUUCGGAAGACGCAGACAACGAAGAAGGAAAGGGAUAUCUUAUUCUUUGGGUGACUGACACGCGACAUGUGCACGACGUUGGGCCGAUAUCUGCUGCCGAUGAGAACGCCGCUGCCAGCUCCCUGCUGUAUAAAGGUGGUGAUGGCAAGGAGGAGCAAUUGCUUUCAGUAUACGAGAAGAAAACUGGUGAAGGUGACUCGUACAGCCUUGUGUCUGUGCGCCUGACUGGGCGGCUGCAGCAGAGAAAGGGCGUGGUGGGGGCAUGGAAAGAAGUGGACGAAGGUGUCAGGAAGCUGUGCCCUUCAAAUGCCGCUGCGCCUGCCUCGAGUGGCGGGAGGUGCAGAUCUUCGGUUUCCAUAGAAGGGUUGGUUGGGUAUUUGGCUGGCGCCUUAAUUGGCGGCCAGUGGAAGGAGGAAUAG